UGCUAAUAGCCUUAGCUUGUAGUCUUCCUUUUGUUUAUCGUCGGUUAGAAAACGGUUUUAGAUGUUUGAACUGAAUUAUUAAGUGUUUGCAGUAAUAAUAUAUUUGAGAGCAACAAACAGCUGCUGCAGAAAUAUUGAAACCAAAACACCGUCCAGUAGAGGAAGAGGUCGACCAUCAGCUCAGACUGCUGGAGACCGGCUGGAAAACCGGACCAUCUCGGAACCUUCUGGAUUUUCACUGCAUCAGGUCUAACUGAUCAAAUUCUCAUAACUGAAGAGAGAAACUCCAUUGUUGACCUAAAGAUGCCAAACACUACAGAAAUAAAGGAGGAACAGGGAGAACCAGACCUACAGCAGAAGGCUGAGACAAAACCACAACCUCAACCGAUCAAGAAAGAACAAAUUGAACUGUGGACCUUUCAAGAUGAAGAACAAAUUUUACUCAUGCAGAAAACUAGAUCCUCUCUGGUAACUCAUGAAGAAGGAGUCCACAAUGUACCAAAAGUAGAGAUAAAGGAGGAACUAAAACCUGCAGUUCAAGGAGAAUUAGAACCUAUCAGGAUUAAAAAGGAACCAGAACUUGUUCAGGUACAAAAUGAUCCAGAAAUGAUGAACAUAAAAGAGAAAAAAGAAGAUUUCUACACUAAUCAGGAUGAAGAUCAGCUUGUAGUGAAGCAGGAGACUGACAGCAUUGUGGUGACUUCUACUAAUGAGCUAAAAGACGAAGCAGAACCGAGCAAGAACCAACUCCUCUCUGGAAAUGGCCUCAAAGUUGAGAACCAACAUCAGCAAGGAAACAACCAGAAAGACUCUGGAAGCAGAGAUGCAGAUCUGGAGCCAAAGGCUCGUGAAUUAAGGGCCAAACGUCGCAGAAUGUUUCGAUACCCACCUGUGGACAUGGAGAGCCACUCGUAUGAGAAGGCUUAUCCUUGUAAGUUUUGUCACAAGUCUUUUAGACACAGCAGUAGUUUGACUCGUCACAGAAUAAUUCACAGGGGAGACGAGCCUUAUUCUUGUGACACGUGUGGAAAAUCUUUUAGAUACAUCGGUAGUUUGACUCGACACAAAAAAACCCACGUGGGAGAGAAGCUUCAUUUCUGUGAGCUGUGUGAUAAAUCCUUCAGAAAACUGGGUAGUUUGAUUUGUCACAGAAGAACUCACCUGGGAGAGAAGCCUUACUCUUGUGAUUUGUGUGGUAAAUGUUUUAGACACAGCAGUAGUUUGACUCGUCACAGAUUAAUUCACAGAGGAGAGAAGCCUUAUUCUUGUGACACUUGUAAGAAAUCUUUUCGAUACAGCGGCAGCUUGACUCGUCACAGAGUGAGUCACUGGGGACAGAAGCUUUAUUCUUGUGAGUUAUGUGCUAAACGUUUCAUUACUAAAGCUAUUCUGAAAGAUCACUAUAAAACUCACACAGGAGAUAAAAUUUAUCUUUGUGACUCUUGUGAUCAAUCUUUCAUGACUGAGACUGAUCUGGUAGAUCACAGUAGCUCUCAUUCAGGUCAGAAGCCUUAUUCUUGUGACACUUGUGAUAAAUCUUUUAGACACAGCAGCAGUUUGGCUCGCCACAGAAAAAUCCACACAUCUUUCAUGUCUGAGACUAUUCUGAAAGAUUAUUAUAAUCUUUCAGAAACCCUCACAGAGGAGAAGCUAUAUCAGUGUGACACUUGUGAUAAAUUUUUCAAGACUGAGACUAAUCUGAAAGAUCACUAUGUUGCUCACACGGGUGAGAAACCUUAUUCUUGUGACACUUGUAAUAAAUCUUUUAGACAUGGCAGUAGUUUGGCUCGCCACAGAAGAAUUCACGAUGAAAACAAGCUCUAUUCCUGUGAAAUUUGUGAUAAAUCAUUUAUGACUAAGACUAUUCUGAAAAAUCAUUAUAAAAUUCACAUGAGAAAGAAACUUUGUCCUCGUGACAUUUGCGAUGAAUCUUUCAUGAGUGAGACGAUUCUGAUGGAUCACUACGCAACUCACAUAGUUGAGACGCCUUCUUGUGACGAUGGUGAUCAAUCUUUUAGAAACCGCAGCAGUUUGGCUCUUCAUACAGGAAGUCGAAUGGGUGAGGAGCCUAAAUGAAGGAAUUCCCUACAGAUGUUGUUCUAAAGUGUUUUACAGAGCAAACAUGUCUGGUUUAUAAAGUAAUCUAUUACCAAGUGACUCGUAUCAAAUUGUUUCCAUUCAUCUCCAUUGUUUCCUAUUUAGUCUUUGUUAUAAUCCACUGCAGUCAAGUUGAGUUUCUGCCAUGUUGUAAAACAAUUUCUAUCAAAGGAAGUCCAGUUGAAGUCAUUGAGUAGAUAAAUAACUGCAGCAAUCCCUCAUACUGAACGAAAGUAAAUGUUUCUUCUUGAAAGUGAACUAAAUAACCACUGAUGCCACCAAAUUUUAUAUACACUCUUUUUUAAAGGUUUUAUUGGUUGUAGUGGCUUUUAUUUGAAAGUUAAUCGACAGGAAAGUGGGUAAUGAGAGAAGGAGAAGACAUGGGUCAAAGGUUGCCAGGCCGGGAAUCGAACCUGCGACAGCCGCGUUGAGGACUAAGGCCUCUAUAUGUGGGUGGUGCUCAACCCCCGUUCCACCACAGCACCUCCAUAUAUGCUCUUUAUAAACACCAGUAAAAGUUCAAAUGGUUGAAAGGGCAACGGCAACAUAAAGUUGCCUGUUGACCUUUUUGUUUUUAAUCAACGGCGCGGUGGUGAAGCCAUGGAGACUGUACGUCUUGGUGCUGGAUCCCAGUUUGUAGACCAGUCCUCCUCCUUUCUUAGUUGUGGAAAACUCUCCUGAAUGGUUUGAAUCAAGGUUUUCCAAAGUAAAGGACAGUUAGUUUCCCUUUAUCUUUUUCAUCCUAUCUUAUUUUUCUUUUACUGUUACUGAUUUUCUUCCUGAUGCUGUGUUUUGUUUUAUGUAAUUAUUUUGCUUAUAUUUUGGUAAAGGAUCAACUUUUUGCAAAGUCCUCUAUAAAAGAAGGUUUUGUUUUUUGUAUUAUGUCAAUGUAUCGUUUCAAAUGGACUAUUAAACAUUUAAAAGACUUUGUAUGAUGAGAACCAUCAAUGAAAUA